CUGGAUAUACUUGGGACUUAAAAGGCGUAAGAAUUUGAUUCGCAAAGAAAAGUUUUUUAAGAAAAAUGGUGGAAUAAUGUUGCAACAAAGAGUUUCUGAUAAUGAAGGUUCUCAUAUUCAAGCUAAACUCUUCACAGUAGAGGAGCUUGAGAAGGCAACCAACAAGUAUGAUCAGAGCAGAAUUAUUGGAAAGGGUGGUUUUGGCACAGUAUAUAAAGGAGUUUUACCUGAUGACAGAAUAGUUGCCAUAAAGAAGUCAAAGAUAGUAGAUCAAACCGAAACCCAAGUUGAGCAAUUUAUAAAUGAAGUGUUUAUCCUUUCCCAAGUCAAUCACAGAAAUGUGGUGAAGCUGAUUGGUUGCUGCCUGGAAACAGAAGUUCCUUCAUUGGUUUACGAAUUUAUUCCAAAUGGCACCCUCUUUGAUCACAUCCACAACGAAUACAAGUCGAAGGCUAUUUCUUGGGAUAUUCGACUAAGAAUAGCAACAGAGACAGCUGGAGCACUUUCAUAUUUACACUCUGCAGCGUCUGUCCCAAUUAUUCACCGAGAUGUCAAAUCGAUGAAUAUACUUAUUGAUAGUAGCUAUGUAGCAAAAGUAGCUGAUUUUGGAGCGUCAAGGCUAAUUCCUAUGGAUCAGAAGGAAUUAGCAACAAUGGUGCAAGGAACACUAGGUUACUUAGAUCCUGAGUACUUUCACACAAGUCAACUGACUGAAAAAAGCGAUGUUUAUAGUUUCGGGGUAGUACUGGUGGAAAUUCUAACCGGAAAGAAGAUUAUUAACUUCGAUAGGCCAGAGAAACGAAGGAAUUUAAUCAAACUUUUUAUCGCUUCUUUAGAAAAUGAGACUCUAUUAGAGGUUCUUGAUAAAAACUUGCAACUAAAGGAAGUUCCUCACGAUAUUAUCCUAGUUUCAAGGCUUGCACAAAGAUGCUUACAACUUAAAGGAGAUGAAAGGCCUACCAUGAAAGAAGUGGCAUUAGAGCUCGAAGGAAUAUCGGCAUCAGUGAUUGACAAACAUCCAUGGGUGAAAAGUACUUCAAAUGAAGAAGUAACUGAAUAUUUGCUUAACGCACCAAGCGAAGACUCUCAAGACCCUAACACUGAUACAAGCCCGAUAGCUUUUUAUAGUAUAAUUAAGCCUAAGAUAAUGUCGAUGCUUAGUGGUAGAUAUAAGUAGGGGCUGGGAUCUUUGGUUAAUUUGUUGCAAUUAGGAAUAACCAGCCAGAGUCUGUUGAGAAUAAUUCAAAGGUUACUUUUGCACGUGUUUGUUUUUAAUAAUAAUGUACUUCCUGGUCUAUAGGAUAGUACCUAGUUUUUAGCAGUCAUGGGUAGAAGUGGUUUAGUGGUUUGCUUUUUAUUUGCUUACCGUUGUACUCAACUGCUAUAUAUAUGGCAACUUUAUCAUUGAAUAAGAUUAUCAAGUUUUCUGGUC